AUGCAGCGCGUUUAUGCCGAGAGCACGCCAGUUGCCUCCGAACAGAAGCAGCCACCUCUUACGGCUCAUCGGCUCGUAUACGAGUGUACGAGGCCACUGUUCCUCGCUAGCACGCGUGCACACGAUCGUAAGCUUUGCGUGCCAGGCCUAUUCUAAUUUGCAAAUGUCGUGCGGAUCUGCAGGUAGCUGCGGUCGAGAUUGAAACUAUUAGUCUGCCAGAGAGGAGUAUAUCUGCCUCUGUCUUAUUUUUAAUUCCCCUUGUUGGCUGAACCACCUUCGUGUUCAAAGUUUUACUGCUGCCUGUACGAUUGCACAGGUUUCUCGAGAAGGAUUUUGUUCUUUGUAUAUAUACCAACAAUACAUUUAACAACUCACUUAACGAAUUUUGUGAAAAUUUAAUAUAACGAUAUGUAUAAAAAUUUAUAGUAAUAUAAAAAUAAACAGUAAUGUAUAUAAAAAUAUUUAACGUAGUAACGUAGUGAUAAAGAGACAAAAAAGAUGUUGGAGAAAUCGUUGAUACUGUUACUUACAUGACAAUCGCGUUUCGUGUACCACUGAUUUACAAGAGGUGGCUACCUGUCUGCAAGACGUUUGUUUUUCUAACAAAUAUUACGUACGUGCGUAAGACACGAGAUAGUAAGAUCAUUAAAUUAAUACAUUAA